AUGUGGGUUGAGAGGUCUUUUGACUCACUGGUUGAUAUUGAAAAGUUGCGCGAGUUGGAGAUGUUUGCUGAGAGGUCUUUUGACUCGCUGGUUGAGGCUGAGAAGCUGCGCGAGAUGGAGAUGUUAGUUGGGUUGGUUGAGAUUGAGCAGCCAUGCGAGAUGGAGAUGUUGGCUGAGAGAUUCAGCAAUGCAAUUCAAAACAUCUCUCUCCCCCCCUCUCUCUCUGUCUCUCUGUCUCUCAAAAUGCCUGUCUUGCACCCUUGGUUCUUACUUCUUGCCAUCUUGGCCAUGGCUCCUAUCUCAUCAGCAUCACUGAAAGUGGGCCACUAUCGAUAUACAUGCCCAUCUGCGGAGGUGAUCGUUCGAGAGACGGUUAACAAAGCCAUUGCCCGGAAUCCGGGCAUAGCUGCUGGCCUCAUUAGGAUGCACUUCCAUGAUUGCUUUGUUAGAGGCUGUGAUGGUUCUGUGCUUCUGGAUUCAACGCCAGGAAACCCUUCUGAGAAAGAGCAUCCGGCCAAUAAUCCGAGCCUUCGAGGGUUUGAGGUGAUUGACGAAGCAAAGGCCAAGAUCGAAGCUCGAUGCCCGGGGACUGUCUCGUGCUCGGAUAUCAUUGCUUUUGCAGCCCGUGAUAGUGCCUUCAAGGCCGGCGGGAUCAAGUACAAUGUGCCAGCUGGACGCCGCGAUGGAAGAAUCUCCCUCGAGUCUGAAGUCGCGCAGAACCUUCCUCCGCCAUUCUUCAAUGCCCAGCAGUUAGAAAACAGCUUCGCCAGGAAAGGGCUGUCGGUCGAUGAAAUGGUGACGCUUUCCGGCGCCCACUCGAUCGGAGUGUCUCAUUGCUCUUCCUUUUCUAACCGUCUCUACUCCUUCAACGCAACCCAUAGUCAAGAUCCUUCAAUGGACCGUGCUUUUGCAGCCCACUUGAAAAGCAGGUGUGCUCCACCACCCACCACUCAAGAUCCAACGGUGGUGCUCGACAGCACGACUCCGAAUCGUCUUGACAACCUUUACUACAAGAACUUGGAGAAGCACAGAGGAUUAUUGACGUCGGAUCAAACACUCCUGAGCAGCCGAUCAACGGUGAAGAUGGUGCGGAACAAUGCAAAGCAUCCAUCAGCGUGGGCCAUAAAGUUUGCAGCCGCAAUGGUGCGCAUGGGUUCGAUCAUAGAGCUUAGUGGGGCUGAGGGGGAGAUCAGGAGGAAGUGUAGGGUUGUGAAUUGAGUUUGUGGGAGAGAUGAACAACUCCUGCCAUUGUUUCAUUGUUUCCUUUUCAUUGAUUUGUUUGUGGCCGUUCCUUAUUCAAGUGUGAAUUUUGUUUUAGUUAUUUAGUUAUGCUUGGGGUUAUUUUGUUAUUUUUGAUUUCAUUAAUUUUGAAUGA